CCUCGGAGGGUCCGAUCGCUUCGCGGCGGCGACGUCCCGGUGGGCGAAGGUCCUGUGGUGUACUGGAUGUCCCGGGACCAGCGGGCGAUGGACAACUGGGCGCUCUGCCACGCCCUCGCCGUCGCGCGCGAGCAUCGCCGACCGCUGCACGUGGUCUUCGCGCUCGUCCCUGAGUUCGCCAACGCGGGCGCGAGGCAGUACUGCUUCAUGCUCCGCGGGCUGAGGGAGCUGGAGUCGAGGCUGAGAGAUCUCGGCAUCCCGUUCCACCUCGCGCAAGGGCCGGACCCCGGCGUCUCCGUCCCGGCCGCCGCGGAACGCCUCGGGUGCUCCAUGCUCGUCACGGAUUUCUCCCCUCUGCGAAUCGGACGCGCGUGGCGGGACUCGGUGACCACGCUGCUGUGCCCGGUGGACGUUCCGGUGGCGGAGGUUGACGCCCACAACGUCGUGCCGGCGUGGGUGGCGUCGGAGAAGCAGGAAUACGCGGCGAGGACCAUCCGGAAGAAGAUCAACGGACGUCUCACCGACUUUCUCACCGACUUUCCAACGGUCGAGGACGUGCGCGAGGCGGCGACGGAGGCUGCCGCGGGCGCCGAGAAACACCCGGUGAGAAGCGCCGGGUCCAUCGAUUGGGACGGCCUGAUCGACGCGGCGCGGGCAGGCGCGGGGGGGGCGGUGCCCGAGGUGCUCUCGCCGUCGCCGCCGCGGUCGAGGGCGCCGGGUGAAACAGCCGCGCUCGCGGCGCUGUUUGGUACCAGCGCCUCGUUUCUCCCCAAUCGCCUCGCGCUGUACGGCAGCAGGAACGACCCCAACGUUCCGGAGGCGCUCUCCGGUCUCUCCCCGUACCUCCACUUUGGGCAGCUCUCGGCGCAGCGGUGCGCCGUCGAGGCUACGAAACACCGCGCGAAGCAUCCGGAGGCUGUGGAUUCAUUUCUAGAAGAGCUCAUCGUCCGACGCGAGCUCGCGGAUAACUUUUGCCUCCACAACCCCCACUACGACUCCAUCGCGGGCGCCCCGGGGUGGGCGCGGGAGUCCCUCGCGUUGCACGCUUCCGAUGCGCGAGAGUUUGCGUACACUUUGGAGGAGUUGGAGCAUUCGCGAACGCACGACGAGCUCUGGAACGCGGCGCAGAAGGAGCUGACGCACCUGGGCACCAUGCACGGGUUCCUGCGCAUGUACUGGGCCAAGAAGAUCCUGGAGUGGACCGGCGAGGGACCGGAGGAGGCGCUGCGACGGGCGAUUUAUCUCAACGACAGGUACCAGCUGGACGGUCGCGAUCCGAAUGGUUACGUCGGGUGCAUGUGGGCCAUCUGCGGGGUUCACGACCAGGGCUGGAAAGAGCGCGACGUGUUCGGAAAGGUUCGGUACAUGAACUACGCGGGGUGCAAGCGAAAGUUUAAGAUCGCCGAGUACGUGGAGAGGGUGGAGAGGGAGGUU